GCGUGUGUUGGGGGGGGGGCAUGUGUCCGUGUUUCUGUGUGUGUGUGUAUGUGUGUGUGUGUGUGUGUAGAUUGCAGCAAAUGCCAAAGCGACAAAUGGAAUCAGCCAUCCAGUAAAGGCUGCAACUGUGUCUGGCCAAUGAGGGUGAUCCUUAUCCUGGAAACCAACGCAACAUUCUUUGUGAAGUAUGUGAGCGAUUUCCAAAAGCAGAUUUCAAAGGGGUUAGACUUGUCACUGGAUCAGGUGGUUGUGAGGUUUCUUGACGGCAAGUAUUCCAAUCCCCAAUCUGUGGACGUAACGCUCUUGCUGUUGCCCAAGGACGGCGAUAGAUUGCCAGAAUCUGAAGUUAACAGGAUUGACGCUGCGCUUCGCAGUCGAAGUGUCAAACUCGAUGCUGCAAUGUUCGGCUCAUACGCUGUAAAUCAAAUAGGGUGUCCAGAGUGUCCAGAGAUUAGCAGUCCCAGUCCAUCCAUUGAGAGCCCGUUGACUCCUUCCUAUUUGUCAGAAGCGAUGUCCAAAAAACCUUGGCACAGACCGGCGUGGUUUGUGCCAGUCAUUGUCUUCUCAUCUAUCGUCGCAGUUGCAUUCCUAUUAGGCUGUGUAGCAUGUAUUUUCCUAGUACAACAACACAAACGGAAAAGGGCAAGGGCGACGGCAGCAGCCAGUGCAAAGAAGAAUGGUCGGCCAAGAAGACCAGGUGAGAUGUCCUCCACGAAGCGAAAUGAGCGUGCUCUUUUCGCAUUGCCAAGAAUCCCAGCUGCAGGCCCUGGGUCGCUCGCCGCCGGAUCUGCUCGUGCGUAUACUAUUGCUGAACUCGAGGCUGCCACAGACUCUUUCAAUCCUGACAACGUGCUGGGGGUCGGUGGCUUUGGAAGAGUCUACAAGGGUGUCCUGGUAAAGGGAACCCCGGUCGCGGUUAAAGUGCUGAUCCGGAACGAUUAUCAAGGGGCGCGUGAAUUUUUUGCCGAAAUCCAAAUGCUGAGCAGACUUCACCACCGAAACCUGGUGAAACUUCUCGGAGUUUGCCACGAAGAUGGUAUGAGAAUGCUGGUCUACGAGCUGGUUCCCAAUGGGAGUGUUGAGUCCCAUCUGCAUGGUGCUCAUAGUGAGACAGCGCCACUGGACUGGGACAAGAGAAUGAUAAUUGCCCUCGGAGCUGCUCGUGCGCUGGCUUACCUUCAUGAAGAGUCAAACCCAAGCGUAAUCCACCGGGACUUCAAAGCGAGUAACAUCCUCUUAGAGAAUGACUACACUCCCAGAGUCUCAGACUUUGGGCUUGCGAAAUCGGCAAUAGAGGGGGAGCGGUUCACCAUUUCUUCGCGCAUCAUGGGCACUUUUGGUUACGUGGCACCAGAAUGCGCUAUGACCGGUCACAUUCUUGUCCAGAGUGACGUGUACAGCUAUGGAGUCGUGCUUCUAGAACUUCUCUCAGGACGCAAACCGGUUGACCUUACUCAACCAGAAGGCCAAGAGAACCUCGUAACCUGGGCUCGGCCUCUGAUAAUUAAAGGUGGGCUAGAUGAACUGAUUGACCCCAAACUGAAGGGUGAGUUUUUGACAGAGCACGUCAAACACGUGGCAUCGAUUGCAUACAUAUGUGUUGAUCCGGAGUCGUCCAAUCGGCCAUCUAUGGGAGAGGUGGUCCAGUCUCUGAAGCUCGUCUGCCCCGAGACUGACCCGCCUCCAGACAGAGACUACUAUGUCAAAAUGGAAAGGAAGCAUCCUAUUCUGUCCUCGGGACUUCUCAUCGACUUCGACCAUAUCCAAACACCCCCACGGAUGCCGAGGCGGCGGGCCAUUCAAGAGCCAGGAGACGCCGACGGUGUUGGCAUGGGGAUGCGCCAAAACAACUUAAGUGUUGAUCUGUCUUCUCGGGAGCGACGACCCAGUUCGUUGGAUGAGGCUUAUGACGAUUACGGCAUCAUACGUGACCCACACGCAGGGCCUCGCCAACUUGAGUCGGGUGAGAGCACGGUCACGGCGGACUUCUUUGAUGACUCUAGUGAAGCAGGCGAAAGCCGAAGAGAGGGCGUGAGCGAAACACCGGCUGCGGACAAGGUUAGGUUUAUGUCGAUGCCGUUUGUAGCUGGACGGCGAAAUGCGGGCCUGGCAGGACAGCAGAGUCAUACAAGGAGAAGCAGAGGCGAAGAUGGUCGUAUAAAUGGUAUGGUGGACACAGAUGCUGGACGGGCAAGGACAGUGAAUGUGUUUGGAGCUAGGAACGGCGCUUUGUCGACCCGCAGUGGUCCGGUCGGCAAGUGUGGCCUUCACCUCAACGAUCCAGUUGUGGGUUGCGGGAAGGAGGCAGGAUCGUUCGAUUACGAUACAAGCGAUGAUUUUGGGUCCCAAUCUUGGAGGAAAAGAUCGCAAGACGCGAGGAUGCGUCACGAGGGCUCCAGAGAAAGACACACUGGGCAGGAGGUCCCAUUCUUAGGAAGGAAGCAAUGGGGGCAACUUGAAAAGGCGUCGGAAUCGGUGAUAGGAUUUUCUCUUGUCCAGAGGGGAGAACCUGAAGAGGCAGUCGACCUGGUCGCGGAAUCGUCUUCUUCGUUGAUCGUAAGAUCGUCUUCUUCGUUGAUCGAGGGAGGUGGUCGCAGAGGCGAAAGGGCAAACAGAAGGGGGGCACAGCAGGGGGGUGGGGAGGCGGCGGAAGCAGGAUGCAAAGAGUUUCCCUGGCUGUCCAUUCUCAUUUCUGCAGAAUAGGGAUAACUGUAGGAGAAAGACGAUUGCCGCGCACGCCAAAGGGUCAAGGGCAUGUGGAUGCAUCCUAGCUGUCCAUGCUCGAUGCCAGUGCAUCGUCGCUGCUGAUCCUCGUUGCGCGAUGUCCAAGGGAGGUCUGUAAUGCAUCCUUGUUCUCAAUCCUCAUGGCCAUGCCAAGGGCGGUAUGUAGAUGCACGCCAGCCGCCAAAGCUCUUUGAGGCACCGAAGGUAUGUCUGUAAUUACUAAUUACUAAUUAGUUAUUACAUCCUAGCGGUCCCCGCGGCGUGCGAUCAAGCAGGCGUGUCGACGGAUAAUACUAGCUGUUGAUUGCUCAACAGGCGCGUCGAGGCUUCGAGGCUUCCUAGCUGUGUCAAUCCUAUCCUCGUUGCACUUGCAAUGCAUCUGCCCUUUUCAAAAGGGCAUUUGACCCUUAUAGCAUUACAGCUUAGCUGAAAGGAAAACGUGCAAGCAGCAGCAGAAUGCCCCAAAACAGCAAGCAGGGGAGGGGGUGUGUAUGCCCUUGUUUGUUUGUUUUUUCGCCCCCUGUGCGGCUUGAACCUACGACAACAAGGUUAUGAGGGUGUGUAUGUGCUUCUGUCUAUCCCAGGCUGUCGAAGCGAGAGGAGGAGUUGCUGUGUCGAUGGGAGGAUAGUGAAGUGGGGGCAAGCGUCUGCAGGCGCCGUGUGUUUUCCGUUCGUCUUCUUUCACUCACAGUUCCUCCGGCGGGCUACGCACACUAGGACUUUUUUUUAUGUAUUUCGGGACGGAGUUGCGACCAGAUGCAUCCAGCCGAGGCUGUAAAUGCGGUCAGAUACAUUUAAGAUAGUGCUAGUGUGAGCACGCUCUCAGUUGGUACAUGUCCGUGAACUGUUGAGAUUACAGACCCAAGUUCGAAUCCAGAUGCACCCAGAUGAACAGAAUCAAAUGAUUCUGAAUUA